AAUAAACCAUAAAUACCCCCUUGGUCCACAGACUCUAAGGACUCACACCCACCACAAGAGAGGACGUGCAGCGACAGGAUCCGGACCAUGUCAGAGCAGCAGAGCGCCCCGGAGCAAGUGGCGGCCGGGAAGAGCCAGGGUGGAGCCGGUGCCGCCUACAAGGUGACUCUGUUCGAGCAUGAGAACUUCCAGGGCAGCAGAGCGGAGUUCUCCAGCGAGUGCCAGGAUGUGGCAGAGAAGGGCCUGGCCAAGGUCGGCUCGGUCAUCGUCCAGUCUGGGCCCUGGGUGGGCUACGACCGCCACUCUCUGAAGGGGGAGCACUUCAUCCUGGAGAAGGGCGAGUACCCGCGCUGGGACACCUGGACCAACAGCCAGAAUAGCUUCACCCUCUCGUCGCUCCGGCCUCUGGCAGUGGACAGCGCCGAUCACAAGCUCCACUUGUAUGAAAACUCCGGGUUCACAGGCAAGAAGAUGGAGAUCACCGAUGACGACGUGCCAACUCUAUGGGGUCACGGUUUCCAGGAUCGCGUUGCUAGCGCUAAGGCUCUAAACGGAACGUGGGUGGCCUACAUGUAUCCCGGCUACAGGGGGCGCCAGUAUGUCUUCGAGCGAGGGGACUUCAAGCACUGGAACGACUGGGGCGCCCCCGCGCCGCAGAUCCAGUCGGUCCGGCGGGUGAGGGACAUGCAGUGGCAUAAACGCGGCUGUUUCGUGGCUGCGGAACCGGCCCCAGCUCCCGGCAGUGAACCGGACCCUCCCUCAGAACCUCCAGCGGCCCCGGCUGCAGCUGGGUCCAGUUGAACAGGCUUCAGAAGGAAGAGGCCGCCUGUGAGGCGUCAUGUCAAAGUUGUUGUUGUGGGUCCGGUUUGUUGAUGGUGUGUCUGUUCGGACUAGGAAACACGAUCCAUCACGCUCAAUAGCUUCUUGAUCAGAAAUGUAACAGCACAUACAGUAUGGCUGAUUUGAUCAGAACAAGCGUCAACAGUUCUCGACCAACGAUGUUGUCCUGUGUUCGGGCUAAUAAAUCUCCAUGAACUUCAA